CCCCGCCGUCCUGGCUCCGUCUCCCCUCCGCUGAGUGGGUUCGGGCUCCUCCCUCCUUCUCCAGGCUUGGCGGCCCCGCGCUGCCUUGUGAGACUGUGGUGAACUGAGGAGGGAACGGAUGUGUCUGGAGCGCUCCCCGUGACUGCGGCCGACAGGUCCUUUCCCUUUCACAGGCCUCCUUUUCUCUCUAUGAAAACUGGAGUCGGGCCAGAGAAGGAGUGGGAUACGUCUCCCUCGAGAAGCUGCCUCCUGCCCGUCCUUCCAGUGUAAAAACGUAGAGAAGAGAAGCGGGAGAGAACCUUGAUAGCUGAGAAAUAAUUUUCACUCUUGGCGAUGCCAGUAUGGGAACAGCACUUGAGGCUGUCAGUAAGCCAGACUUUGAAUUUGGGGUGUGACUUUGAAGAUUUCUAUGACUCAAGCAGAGAUUUUGUACUGGUAAUGGGAAACCCAGGAACUUUCAAAAGAGGCCUUUUAUUCUCAGCCUUGUCUUAUUUGGGUUUUGGAACUUGUCAAGUAACUCCUCAGGCUGCUGUGGUUCAUGCCACAGGCAAAGUUGAAGAAAUCCUUGAACAAGCAGACUAUCUGUAUGAAAGUGGAGAAACAGAAAAACUUUAUCAGUUGCUAACCCAGUACAAGGAAAGUGAAGAUGCAGAGUUACUUUGGCGUUUGGCACGAGCAUCACGUGAUAUAGCUCAGCUUAGCAGAACCCCAGAAGAGGAGAAAAAACUAUUGGUAUAUGAAGCCCUAGAGUAUGCAAAAAGAGCACUAGAAAAAAAUGAAUCAAGUUUUGCAGCUCAUAAGUGGUAUGCAAUCUGCCUUAGUGAUGUUGGAGAUUAUGAAGGCAUCAAGGUUAAAAUUGCAAAUGCCUACAUUAUCAAGGAACAUUUUGAGAAAGCAAUUGAACUAAACCCUAAAGAUGCUACUUCAAUUCACCUUAUGGGUAUUUGGUGCUAUACAUUUGCUGAAAUGCCUUGGUAUCAAAGAAGAAUUGCUAAAAUGCUGUUUGCAACUCCUCCUAAUUCCACCUAUGAGGAGGCCUUAGGCUACUUUCACAGGGCAGAACAAGUGGAUCCAAACUUCUACAGCAAAAACUUGCUUCUUUUAGGAAAGACAUACUUAAAACUACACAACAAAAAGCUUGCUGCUUUCUGGCUACUGAGAGCCAAGGACUAUCCAGCACACACAGAGGAAGAUAAACAGAUACAGACAGAAGCUGCUCAGUUGCUUACAGGUUUCAGUGACAAGAAUUAAGGACUUCUCAGAGAAGAAUACAUGAAAUAUCUAAUAAACAUUGUUUUCAUUGAAUUAUAAAGAUAAUACAUUAAUCAUAA